CAAUCUUUUAUUAUCACCUACUUUUAUAGAGUUUCUCAUUCUUCUUCUAGCAACCUCACAUGGGUAUGUAAUCAAAUUCUCAUUAUUUUAGUUCCAAAACCAAUAAUUCAAAGAUGUUGGGAGAAGAAGAAGAAGACAAUCCACAACCACUGCCACAGCCGCAGCCGCCAGCCGCAGGAGACAAUCGAAGAAUAUAUUCGCGGUCGGUUUCAUGGGCUGCUGGCAAGGCGAGAGCGUCUUUGCCCCCUCUUCAGCCACUAUCUGUUUCUCGGCCCAGAGUCGAGGAGUGGCCGAGGGCGGGCUCUGACGAUCUCGGUGUUUGGCCAAAUAUCGCGGCCGCUACACCCGGUGCUAGACUUAAACCACCAGCUUUGCCAUUGAACUUAAACAAAAAACUAGGGAAGCCCCCUAGAGAAUUUGAGUUCAAGAAAGAUAAACUCGCAUUUUUCGAUAAAGAGUGUUCGAGGAUCAUAGACCAUGUGUUUCUUGGAAGCGAUGCAGUCGCGAAGAAUCGUGAUGUUCUUCGCCUAAAUGGGAUCACACAUGUUUUAAACUGUGUCGGGUUCGUGUGUCAUGAGUAUUUUAAAAAGGACUUGGUGUACAAAACACUUUGGCUUCAAGACAUCCCGUCGGAGGAUAUUACUUCCAUCCUAUACGAUGUUUUCGAUUACUUUGAGGAUGUCCGUGAGCAAAACAGACGGGUUUUCGUGCACUGUUGUCAAGGCGUGUCGAGGUCAACAUCUUUGGUCAUAGCUUACAUUAUGUGGAGAGAUGGUCAGAGCUUUGAAACCGCAUUUCAACAAGUCAAAGCGGCCCGAGGGGUAACCAACCCCAACAUGGGGUUUGCGAGCCAGCUUCUACAGUGUCAAAAACGGGUCCACGCCUUGCCCGUGAGCCCGAAUUCUGUUUUGAGAAUGUAUCGGAUCGCACCACACUCGUCUUAUGCACCGCUUCACCUUGUGCCUAAACUAUUGGCUCGGCCUAAUGCAAUGGCUCUGGAUUCUCGUGGUGCGUUUAUUGUUAAUCUUCCUUCAGCGAUUUAUGUUUGGGUUGGGAAGAAAUGCGAUGCAUUAAUGUAUGAAAGUGCAAGAUUAGCAGCGUCACAGGUUAUUAGAUACGAGAAAGCAAACGGGCCCGCUUUGACAAUUAAAGAAGGGGAAGAAUUGAGCGAAUUCUGGAAUGCACUUGGGAACGAUCAAGAUCGAGAACAUAACAUGGUAACUAGAGGUAUUGUUGGUCAAAGGAAGGUUGUUGACUACGACAUAGAUUUUGAGGUUUUCGAUAAGGCGGUGAAUAGCGGGGUGGUCCCACCGUUGUCAAUCUCGGGAAAUGUGUCCGAGACGUGUUUGCCAGCUAGGCGAAGCGGGUGGGAAAUAUUGAGAAGGAAGUUUGCCACUGGAGUAAUGAAGGAUUUGAUUACAUCAUCUAAAGAAGUAGAAUCACUAGAUUCUAUUUCUUCCGAUCAAAACUGGGUAAAAAACAAAGACGAUGACAAUGACGAUGAAUGUAUGUCGUCGGAUUCAUUUUCGUCUUUUCUUGUUGAUGAUUCAAGAAAGUUUGGUAAUUCAUCACCGUCGAUCUCACCUACAACAUCUGAUUGCUCAAAUUCAUUCUCAUUUUCACCCACAUCGUCUAAUUGGUCUGAUUUAUCGGUAUUAGAAACCUCAGAUCCUAAUGCUAAUCUAAACACCGAAUUAGGAAACAUUACGCCAUCUAUCGAUGGGGGCAGUGAGACCCAGAAAACUCUAGCCAGAACCUGGUCGUUUUCUAUAGAUGACCAGACCCUGCAAUAUUUUGAUGAUAACGACGAACAGGAUAACCAGGCCCGGAACAAUGACCAAAAUGACCCUGACUUCGCUCUUUAUCAAUGGCCUACCAUGGAGAAAGUCGAGAAGGGUAGUAUGGGAAUCCCCGAGUCCAAAGGCGCAUAUGUAACUUAUGUAACAGAUGUUUUGUACAUCUGGGUAGGCCAUGAUUUCUCGGGUAUCAAAGGGGAUGACGAUAUCAACUGGCAAUCGGUUGGUCGUGAUUUUCUACUCAACGAAGGUCUGGAAACAAGCUCAAUUAUUAAGAUAGUUAAAGAAGGGGAAGAACCAGAGCAACUAUGGAAGCAUCUUCAUUGUUUCUCAUUCCAGAACACUGUAGUGAAAGAUCAAAUGUGACAUCAUAUAAUUAUUAUUAUUAUUAUGGUUUAAUUUUUUUUUCCCAUUAUGUGAGAUCCUGUACAGUUUCUAAGCUCUAAAAAUGUACUUUCUGAUGUCACCCAAUUAUAUAACAAACAGUUUCUUCUAGUUUAA